AGGUGAGGAAUAGCUUGGCCCGGGCUCGUCGUCUUGCGAAGGCUAGGAUCGAUAUAAGCCUUGCUGUCCACUGCUAGCAUGUCCCCGGGCCUUUAGCUUUAUAAAAAGAACUCUCCGUGAUACGAGGUAACGAGACGACCAGGAAAGCGCCCCGACACCUGCGUGCUCUCGACAUCGAGGAGUCGUGAGUAGCUUGGCCAAGGCCGCAUAUCCAGAUGCCUUUUAAUCCGUCAAAAUGGCAUUUCGAAAUCGACGGCUACCUUAAUCCUUGGGUCCCCUCUGCCCCAUGGAAGCAUCUGUCGCCUCUCGUCUCCCGCUUCAUGGGCCACAGGUCUGAGCACCAACGGCCGCUGGGGAAUCUCUUCAUGAUCUUCUGGGCGUUCAUCGGCGUCUUCUGCUCUUUGACCAUCAUCGAGGUCGUGGGCCGCGCGAUCCCCUCCUUCGAGGAGCGCGGCGCCCCCAUCAUCAUCGGUAGCUUUGGCGCGGCAGCGGUCCUUGAAUUCUACGUGAUCGAGUCGCCGCUCUCGCAGCCGCGCAACGCCGUGCUCGGGCAGUUCUUCGCGUCGCUCGUUGGCGUCGCAAUCAGCAAGCUAUUCGCGCUGGGACCGCAGUCGCGCGAGCUGACCUGGCUUGCGGGCUCGCUGAGUUGUGCGUGCGCGGUCGCCGUCAUGGCCCUUACCGGCACCGUACACCCGCCAGCAGGAGCCACGGCGCUGCUCGCCGUGGUCGAUAGCGGCGUCGCCGGCCUCGGUUGGUUCCUGCUGCCUAUCAUGCUCCUCGGCUGUGCCCUCAUGCAGGCCGUCGCUCUGCUCCUCAACAAUGUCCAGCGCCGUUUUCCCGUCUACUGGUGGACCCCGGCGGAGGUUGGGCAGCGCCUCUGCCUCUGCCGCCGAAAGCGGGCAGCUCACCACCAGCACGGCGAGGGAGGGCAGAGCGGCGAUGACGGCAGCGGUGGCGGUAGUGGUAAUGACAGCGGUAACGGCGAUGGCGGCGGGAACGGGGCUAAGCUCGAGAUCACCUCGACGCGCCACCUUGAGGAAGGGAGGACCAUCGUGGAAGAGUCCCGGCUGAUUGUAAGGCGGGGGGGCGUCUCUAUCCCCGAUGACUUGUAUCUGUCACCGGAGGAGAGGAUAUUUCUAGAGGAGCUUAGCGGGAGGAUAUGAGAAUAUAGGUACCUAGAUGGUUCUCGUGUGUGGGGUUCGGCGUAGUCUCGUUCAACGUCUGUCUUGAUUACCUGCCCCCUUUUCCGGCCUUCUUCCCC